GCGACGGUUCCUCUUGCUCCGUUGCAGAUCCCGAACCGGUGCGAAGGGCGUCCCGUAGAUGGCCAGCUUUCCCCUGAGUGUUAACGAGAAGCUCAUCGCACGCUCACGCACCAUAGGAGAACUCUUAGCCCCAACUUCUCCUUUUGACAAGAAGUGUGGCCGUGAAAACUGGACUGUUGCCUUUGCUCCCGAUGGAUCUUACUUUGCUUGGUCACAAGGGCAUCGCAUAGUCAAGCUGGUCCCCUGGGCUCAGUGCCUUAAUAACUUCUUGUUGCAUGGCACAAAGAAUGUUGCAAAUUCUCUCAGCACAAGACUUCCAAGGCAGAACAGUGACAGUGGUCAGAAGAACAAGCCCUGUGAACAUAUCAUAGACUGUGGGGAUAUUGUCUGGAGCCUUGCUUUUGGGUCCUCAGUGCCUGAGAAGCAGAGCCGCUGCAUGAACAUAGAAUGGCACCGCUUCAAGUUUGGCCAGGACCAGCUUCUGCUUGCCACAGGCUUGAACAAUGGACGCAUCAAGAUCUGGGAUGUGUACACAGGAAAACUCCUCCUUAACCUGAUGGACCAUACAGAAGUUGUUAGAGAUUUAACCUUUGCCCCAGAUGGCAGCCUGAUCUUAGUGUCUGCGUCCAGAGACAAAACACUGAGAGUGUGGGACCUGAAAGAUGAUGGAAAUAUGAUGAAAGUGUUGAGAGGACAUCAGAACUGGGUGUAUGGUUGUGCAUUCUCUCCAGACUCUUCUAUUCUCUGUUCUGUUGGAGCUAGUAAGGCAGUUUUCCUCUGGGAUAUGGAUAAAUACUCCAUGAUAAGGAAACUUGAAGGCCAUCACAAUGAUGUUGUAGCUUGUGAAUUUUCUCCUGAUGGAGCUUUACUGGCUACUGCAUCUUACGAUACUCGAGUCUAUGUCUGGGAUCCACACGUUGGAGUUAUGCUCAUGGAGUUUGGGCACCUCUUUCCCCCUCCCACACCAAUAUUUGCUGGAGGUGCAAAUGACCGCUGGGUCAGAUCAGUAUCUUUCAGUCACGAUGGGCUACACAUUGCAAGCCUUGCUGAUGAUAAAAUGGUGAGGUUCUGGAGGAUUGAUGAGGAAUACCCAGUCCAGGUUGCACCUGUGAACAAUGGGCUUUGCUGCACUUUCUCUACUGAUGGCAGUGUUCUAGCUGCAGGGACACAGGAUGGCAGUGUGUACUUCUGGGCAACUCCAAGACAAGUGUCCAGCCUCCAGCACCUCUGUCGCAUGGCAAUUCGACGAGUGAUGCCCACAGGCCAAGUCAAGAGCUUGCCCAUCCCAUCCAAAGUGGUGGAGUUCCUGUGUUACCAGAUUUGAAGUUUGGGGUUUUUUGUAAAUGAUAAAAUCAAACAGGCAGGUGGCCCAGCUGCUGAAACUGGCUAAACACUUCAAAGAAUCCUCAAACUUUACAGCCUUUAAGCUUAAAACUCUACAGGUUUUCAAGAGCUAUUUAAAGUGAUAACCUAAAUCCUAUUUUGUCAAAUGCCUGACAGGUGAAGUUUUAAUAUUUAUAGAAAAAACACAGUAGAAGUAUUCCUGGUGUUCUCAUUUUUUUUUCUAAGAUGUAACUGUGAAGACAUGGAUAUACAUAGAGAUAAGCUGCUACCUGUUAUCAAAGUCCCUUUGCCAAUGGCUUCUCUGAUUUGUGAUGUGUAUCCUGUAUAUAUUGCUUUGGUAGAGCCCUCAGCUGCAUCUGUGCUGGAGAGUGGAAGGGUAGCAUUAUUCUGGGACACUGAGGUAAAAUACUGACUUAAGGAAGCUUAACGGCUCUGUAUGUAUGUACAUUGAGUUGGGGUUCAGGAAACUGAUCCACAGAUAAGAAUUGAUGCUAGUUUAGUUGGUGAGGAGGUACAGCUUGGCUUUUUAGAGCAAUGUGUGGUGAGGGGGGGAGCACAGCCUGUGUAAGCCCAGGAAUGGUGUCAGUGCUGAAGAAGGCCUUCAGUUCCAUAGCACCAAAUCAGGUGAAAUUUCAGUAUUGGGCAGUGUUGAAGAACUAUUUCCUUACAUUUCUAAAAUCUAACUACUGUAUUGUUGCCUGAUACUUUGUCUGUAAGGAGAGAAAGUUUACAGACUCAGUCAUUUACUCUUUAACCCUGUGCUAUCUCCUCGGAGGUGAUUAUUGGUUAAUGGCCAAAGAUAAGCAAAAUACUUGGUUUUGCCUUCUGUUACUUAUCUGUACCUGCAGAUAUAAAGAAUGUAUGCAUUGCAUAAAAUG